GCAGUGAGCAGACAUCACAAAAUCACACAUGAUAAAGGUUGCUGCCUCAGGACAGACUGUUUCAUCUGUGUAAGACACUGGGCCCAAGCAAGGAGCAGACAGGAUGUGCAGGAUUCUACUGAGUGUGCUGCUCCUGGGGUGGACAUGGGGACUACACGCUGUCCCGCUGGCUACAGAACCACUAUACACAACACAGGAGAACUUUGAUCUCGGCCGGUUUUUGGGGACCUGGUAUGAUUUGGCUGUGGCCACAAAGUGCAGCCACAUGCAACACCGCAGAGGAGACGCAGCUAUCGGCAAACUGGUGCUACAGAGAGGGACGGGACAGAAGCUCAAGAUGACACGGACCAUGCUCAAGCAAAGCUCUUGUGUGGAGAUAACUGGAGAAUAUGAGCAGACUUCAACAGCAGGCAGAUUUUUCUACCAUGUUGCAAAAUGGAACGCAGACGUGGAUGCAUAUGUCGUCCACACAAACUACAAUGAGUAUGCUAUUUUAAUCAUGAACAAAAAGAAACCAACAGGCGAAAGUGUUUCAGUUAAACUUUACAGUCGAUCCAAAGACAUAAGACCUACUAUUUUAGAAGACUUCAAGACACUAGCCAGACAACAGGGAAUCAGUGAUGAGUUUGUCAUUAUCAAACAAAACAAAGGGGACUGUGUUCCUGGGGAGCAAGUGGUGGCACCAUCCACUCAACCAGAGCUGCCGAGAAUGCGGAGGGCUGUGCUGCCUACUCUGCCUUCUGUCGACAUUGAAGGUUCUGGGGAUGACGCUCCUUUCUUCAAUGGAACUGAGGCCUGUACGGCAGCUCCGGACACUGGGCCUUGUUUUGGGAUGAAGCAGCGGUACUUUUACAACGCCACUUCAAUGACCUGUCAGAUUUUCAACUACGGAGGCUGUCUGGGCAAUCAGAACAACUUUGAGAAGGAGAGAGACUGCCUGCAGGGGUGUCGCACUGAGGCUGUGUGCCGUCUCCCCAUGGUGGCUGAGCCCUGCACUGACCCUUCAUCCACCUGGGCCUUUGAUUUUACUGUUGGAUUGUGUGUCCCGUACAAAAAGGGUUUCUGCCAAACCAAUGGCAACAAGUUUUACAGUAAAGCUGAGUGCGAGGAGUACUGUGGAGUGGUCAAAGAUGAUGGAGAUCUUCUGAAUGCUAACUGAAAAAACUUCCAAUUCAGGAAAGAAUAUACAAUACUUACAAAUAACAUUAAUAUACUGUGGAAAACAAGUAAUAAUAAUCAAACUUAAAUUCUUCAAGUGGUCAUGUCCUCAUUUGAAGUUAGUCUCAGCGAUACUGCAAAGGAGAGCUGUCACACAGAGGAAACUCUGCUCUCCAAUGUGUGGAACUUCUUUGUAGUUUCAAACAUAAUCAAGACGGCAAUUGUUGUACUAAGAAUCCACAUCAUGGCAUAUUUAAAGAACACAUAUUAUGCAUUUUACUUUAAUUCCCCUUUUGAACAUGCUUUUGGACACUGUGGGAUAAGCAUUCCACAUUUUUUGCAUAGAAUAAUGUCUACAUUUAGAAAACAGACUUUAUAAACUACAGCUCCAUCUCCUAUACGGAAUUAGGUGUUGGAGUUCCCUCUGCUGUCAACAAUGGGAAUGAAGAAUGGGAAAAUAAACAAACAUAAAAACUGCCUAGAAUAACUUUGGAUUUUUUAACCUAUAAUACAAUAAUUCAAGCAAAAUGCAAAUAGAGCAUUUUUGUAUAGAUGACUUUUGAUUAAUGAAUUAAUGUCGUAACGGUGGGUGUAGCAGACCAAAGAGUGCAGACUCGGGGAAUAUUUACGGUGUUUAUUGUACAGAUUGAGACAAGGUACAAAACUGAGGGUUGAUCUGAUGGUGAGCAGGAAGCCAGGUGUGGGCCAGGAUCCAGGAACAUGGAGUGCAGGGAAAAACCAAGACAGUACCAGGGCUGAGAAGCAGGGUCGGAACAGGGUCGGAGCAGGGCUGAAGGCACACAUAGGAUCCGGCACCAAACGCAGAUAAUCCAGUACAGAACAGGGUGAAGCAACACAGGCACAACAGGGACACAGGGUGUCUUCUCCCAGCUCCUCCUACCCACGGCAGGUGUGGUGAUUAGUCAGAUGGGCAGCAGGUGCGCGCGGGAGGAGCCGAGAGCUCCGCCCAGCUCCAGGUACAGACAGGUGAGGGAGGGGGAAGAGCACACAGGGAGACAAAACAGGAACAGAAAUACACACAUCAUGACAAUUAAUGAAACAUGAAUGAAAAAAACAACUCCAGAGAGGUAUUUGAUGAGGGGACAACAUGAUUAAAAAGCUAAAAAAAUAAUAAUAAUAUAAAAAAUAUAUCAAAAUCUUUUUCUUUUUUUUUUUUUUUUUGGUCAUACAUCGCAGAACACAAACUAAACAGCAAUUCAACAUAUUUUAUUUGUCAGAUUUGAUUGUGUAGGAUGUCAUUACUAAACCUUUUUAUAUUUUUUCAUGCACUCCUUUUCACCCAUAAACAAAUUCUUCAC